AUGUCCAGAUUCUUUGAGUCGAUUGAUGAGGAGAGGGAAGAGAGCCGCAAGGCUAAGGUGAGUGAAAAGACAUAUGGAGUUCCUGAGAAGCAGAGCAAGAAGGAGAAGAGGAUCCACGAUCUCCAGUGCAGGGUUCUGGAGCUUGAAGAAGAGGAAAACCAGAAGGCGUUUGACAAGCAGCUGAAGAAGAUGCUUGCAGAUGUGAAGAAGGCAGAGAGCCACUUUGGCAAAGACCUCCCUCUGUUUCUGAGGAAGUUUUUGCUGUCACCAAAGGCAUAUGGUAAGACGCACAGGAAGGCCAUUGAUGAGUUGCUGUCGAGAUAUGAGUCGAAAGAGAGCGAGCAUAUCAGCAAGGAGGAUGGGAAGAACGAAGAAAAGAUAUGCAGGGACUUGAGCAAGAUACUGGUGAUCAAGGAUGUUGAGGAAAGGAAAAGGGAGCUGAGGGAGUUCAAAGAUAGCACGGUAGACCAGGAGGCCAAGGGCAAGGCGCUGACGACUCUUCUAUCGAUCUACGUGAAAUCCAAGGAUGGGAUUCUGGUCAUGCAGACCAUAAAUGAGCUGCUUGACUGCUUUGGAGACGAAGAGGCAAAUGCAGCGAAAAAUGUCCUCCUGGUGGAGAAUAUCGACUUCUACCUUGGGGUUCUGUACGAGGUCCUUAGUUCUUCUGAAGCCGAAGCUUACAGAAACCUGCUCGGGAGGCUCUCCGGCCUUGACAAGGAAGCUGUUGAGAGAAGAGCCUUACAGUUUGAGUUCUUCAAGCUGGGAAGGGCAGUGGAGACAGAGCAUCCGCUGUUCAGGCUUCUCUACAUCGACAGAACCCUGGGGUACAAAGAGUCUGGGGAGUACUACAAAGCCAUCCGAGACGACAUUGGAGAAGGAAAGAUUGAGCAGGAGGUGUUGGGGGAGUUUGGGAUGUCUUCAUUUAGAGAUGGGGACUUCGAGACCUCGUUUGAAGUUCUUUCCAAGUGUUUGGAAGUAAAGCCUUCCAACCACGCCGUUGUGAUGAAGCUUCUUUGCGUGGUGCUCAACGACAGGAUCAGAGGAACCUCAACGCACAGGGAGUUUCUCGAGGACUUCAAGAGCUUUGGAAGAAACAGGCUCUGCCUUCCUUCUGGAGACGGCACGUUUGAGGUGUACAGAGCCUUCUACCUCCUGAAUAUGCUCGACCAGAGGGGCGCGGGGGAGAUCGUGAGGAGAUUCUGUGAAAACUUUGAGGAGUCCACUUGGUUCAAGGACUUUGUAGAAUCGAGGAUUAAAGGCUAA